GUCUGCUUUCAUAUUUGAGUGGUAAGAUAGGACAGUAGAUCAUAGAUAUGUAAGGUCACUGAAAGUCCAAAGGGUGAAAAGGGUGUGGUUAGUGUCCAGAUGGAGCCGUUUUAAUUACCACACAUGUUGACCUAGCAGUCAUAAGGAAGUGUUCAGACACUAAACCAGUAUCUGUAAGGAUAAUUACCUUAAAAAUAAAACCUAAGUUAAAUUAAUCUAAAAUAAUUAUAUUUGAAUGGAAUAAUCGAGCGAAAUGGACACGUGGAAACUGAGAUUUUGUGGAACUGGCGUGCUACUGAUGUCAGUGAUUUCUGCUACAAUCGGAUUACAAGUUAGUAUUCCACAGUCUAUAUAUGAAGUUGCCCGAGGUGAUGAAGUGAUCAUAACGUGCAGUUUUGAGCCUAAAAAUCCGGUGAAUCGACUCAUUGUCAUUUCGUGGAGCGGUGAUGCUGACGGGUCAUUUGAUGAUGAAGGGGUUUUGUUCGGGACCUUCUAUUCCAAUGAUAACCAUGUAGAUAUCAAUGCAAUGUAUGAAGGCAAAGCCAAGAUUGAGAGUGAUGUGAAUGAAAAAGUCUCAAAACUAAUACUGAAGCAAGUCACUUUGCGAGAAAGAAGACGCAUCAAAUGUUUUGUCCAGAUUCCUGGUGAUACAGAGGGCCAAACAUCAGCUUCAACCUCUCUUGAGGUCCUGGUUGCACCAUCAGAUCCUCUCUGUAAGAUUAAAGGCACUGCAGAGUAUGGACAAAAUAUCAGCUUGACCUGUGUCUCUGAAGAGGGCUCCCCAGAUCCAACCUACCAGUGGCAGAGCUAUGAUGUCAAAAACAUCCUAAGAUCACUUCCACCCAAAGCCACUGACAAGGAUGGAGUGCUGUCUCUGUUCAAUGUGUCCAUAGACACAUCAGGUUACUACAUUUGCACAUCAACCAAUAAGAUCCGCUCUGCAAAGUGCAACAUCACCUUAGCGGUCAUGCCAUCUACAAUGAAAAUUGGAGUUACAGCAGGAAUCAUUGGAGGCUGCGUUGCCGGACUUGCAGUGCUUGUACUAAUAAUUUACUGCUGCUGUAAAGGCAAGCAACAGCCAGAGGAAUUUGACAUGGAACCUCCAAUGGUAGAAUACCAUGCCAUUCCGAAGCAAGAGCCACAAGACGAUGGUUCUGGAGAUGUAAGGAAGACUAGUAUCGAAGGCCGCAUUGACCAGAUAGAGAGGUAUGGGACGAAGCCUGAAAAGGACAGCGAUCGUAAUUCUAAUCGGCGGUUUGAUUAUGAUGAUCAUCAAGAUGAACCUCCUGAGAGGUAUGACGAUCGCAGAGACAGGCGAGGUCAUAACGAAGACCGCAGAGAACGUUAUGAUGACCGCACACGUCAUUACGAUGACCAGAGGAAUCGCUAUGAUGAUAGCAGAGAUCAAUAUGAUGAUCGGCAAAAUCGCUACGAUGGCCGCAGGGAUCGUAUCGAUGACGAGCAGGAUCGCUACAGCUAUGAAGGCUAUGACGAUGACAGAGGUGACUACAGCCAGAACCGCUAUGACGAUUACAGACAUUCUUUUGAUGACCGCAGAGAAGAUCCUAUAGAUCGCCAGGGUCGCUACGACAACAACAGAGUUCGUUAUGGGCGCCAAAAUCGAUACACUGAUCGCCACGAUCGUUAGGAAGAUCGUCAGCUUUACGACCAUUACAGUGACCGGAGAAAUGUAUGUACUGUAGAGAAUGUGUAAUUGUAAGGAUGAUACCUAAGAAGUUCAUUUACUUUGGAAGAUGGUAGUUACAUUUGAUGAAUUCAAUUAUUUUUUCCCCCCACUUUAAUCACUAUUAUGUAUUAUGAUGUACAUUUAUUGCAAAAGAGUUUUGGCCUGUAAUUUAAUAUGGAGGAACUUUUGGGGUAACUCUUAUUUUUGUUAAAUUAUUAGAUGAAAAUAUAUGUAUUUGGCAUGUACUCAUGAACACUGGUCAUGAUCUUUGGAUAUUUACUCUCAUUCAAAUGUCACUGUACCCCAUUAUGAAACACAAUGUAGAGGUUUCGACUCCACUAAUUACACACACAAUGCUAAGUGCAUACUCAUACUGGCAGAAAAUAUGUAGAAAUAGUCCCAGUUAAACAGUGUUCAUAACACUUUAUUAUUAACAACAAUUAUAAUAACAACAAAAAAAAUCCAUCGUUGUAAGGAACUGUGGAGCACUUCUUAUCAACAUGGUUAUUGUAAUUAAAAGUGUAUUAUAUAGAUGAUGAUUGUAUCAGCCUAAUGAAACACUUCUGAUUGUAUUUUCCCUGUUGGAUGCGACUGUUUUCGGGUAAAAUGGGUAAUGUACAUAACAUGAUCUCAGUUUUUGUUUUUUAUAACGUCUCCCAUAUUCAGUGUGUUCAUUAAAUAAAGUGUUUCACCUUGUAAAGUGUGCAUACAAACACAUUAUAUUUGG